UGCAGCAUAUUCCCUCUUUCUUCAAUCGGGUGCUUCUCCACCAUCCCUUGCAGAUGACAUCCAUCGACUUGAGGCAAUGGAAAGAACAGAUUGCGCAACAAAUCUAGAGGAGGAACAAGUAGCUGAGGAGAGUAACCAGAUUGUAUCAAGCACAGUGCAGGAUUGGAUGCUGCUAUGCCAGCACACACCUCAGUUUUUAAAUUUAGUCGAUGAGAGAAGACAUGUUGACUGGUCACUAGCUGCCAAAACUUAUGAAAAUCUUGACAAAAUGCCACACUUUAUCGCUCAACACCGCCAGUUUUACGUGCCUCAACAUACAAACACGGUCGCUGAUCCUGAGCGACUUCAAGGCAACCAGCUUCAUGCUUACAACAUUGUCCGUGAGCAUUUUGAAAAUGGAUCAUCGUGCAAGCAGCCGCUCAGAAUGAUUGUCUCUGGUACAGCAGGAACUGGAAAGUCAUACCUCAUUCAGUGCUUGAAACGUCUUCUGGGAAACGGCCUUCGUGUCGCAGCCCCUACCGGAGUAGCUGCAUUCAAUGUGAAUGGCUACACCCUCCACUCUCUGUUAGGGCUUCCCAUCAAAGGAGACUUUAAAGAGCUCGAGAGCAACCGCCUUCGAAACAUCCAAGAAUCACUGGCAGCUGUAGAAUACAUCAUCAUUGAUGAGAUGUCCAUGGUAGGCAGAAAGCUUUUUGGUCAAGUAGGCAGACGCUUGCGUCAGGUGUUUCCCCACAGAGCAGCUGAACUCUUCGGUGGAUGCUCCUGCUUACUUAUUGGUGAUUGGGGUCAGUUACCUCCUGUCAUGGAUCUUCCACUAUACACUACAGAGUCUCGAACAGAACUGUCUGAUCUCGGAAGUGCCAACUAUCGUAUGUUCGAUUGUGCCAUUGUACUAGAUCAAGUGAUGAGGCAGGCUGGACUAGAUUCCGAUCAACAAAUUUUCCGCAACCUGCUUCUCCGCUUGAGAAAUGCUGAGUCAACCAUUGAUGAUUGGAGACAUCUCAUGAGACAGACGCCAGCUGAAGUGGAAGACAUUGCACCGUUUACUGGUGCCCUGCAUCUAUACACCACUACCGAAGCUGUUGCCGAGCACAAUACCUGCAAGCUGCGUGCGAGUGACUACCCGGUAGCCACAAUCAAGGCUUUCAAUUCAGGUGCAGAUACAUGCAAGGCCUCGGCUGAUGAUGCAGGUGGAUUGGAGCCGAUUGUCUGCAUUGCUCAUGCAGCCCGUAAUCCGCCGCAAUUGCCUGUAGCAGUAACCGUAAAAUUUGACAACUACACAGGUCCUACUCUCCCAGACGGCACUGUCCCGAUCACUCCACUUCGUCGCAGCUGGUUCUCAACCAGCCAACAGUGUUCUCGCCUUCAGCUGCCUCUUAAGCUAGCCUGGGCUAUCACCAUUCAUAAGGCCCAAGGUAUGACAAUCAAUAAAGUAGUCAUCGAUGUGGGAAAAAGGGAAUUUGCUUCUGGGUUGACAUUUGUGGCAUCUUCACGUGUUCGUCGCCUCAACGACUUGCUAUUUGUUUCUCCCUUUCCAUUUCAACGAAUAGCCACCUCUAGCAAGAGCAGUCGCCUCAAUGACAGGUUGAAGGAAGAUGCUAGGCUGCAACAGCUGAGUGCUACUUCAGCAAAUCGAGCAAUUGUAUUGUAA